CAAUUCAUAAUAGACAAAAUAGAACAACAAACAUAAAAUUCCAACUGCUCCCUCUUUUCUCUUUGAAAGAGUCUGAUAGGUUCGAAGAGGGAAGGAUGAAGAGGGAUUUGAAUUAAGGAACUUUUAUAAAGUAAGACAGUCUACUGGGAGUAAAACUUGAAGCAAAAAGAAGGCAGAAAGCACGGAGAGGAGUAAAAACAGAAGGGAAAGGAGCGAAGAAUGGCAAGAAAUAGGACAGUGGAAGUUUUCGGAGAUGACAAGUUAGAGGGAAGAUGAAAUGAGCAAGAAGACAUAGAGACGGACAAUGUAAAGCAAUGGUCAGAGAACGACCGCCAGGCCAAAAAAGAGAAUCUGUGAAGUUUGAGCAAGCGGCCUUCCCAAGAUGUACCGAAUAUCUCAACUGAUGUCAACACCAGUAGCAAGCUCUUCCAGGUUGGAAAGAGAAUAUGCUGGAGAGCUGUCUCCCACGUGCAUUUUCCCAAGUUUCACCUGUGAUUCCCUGGAUGGUGACCAUUCUUUUGAAUGCCGCUCCAUAGAUCCCCUGACAGGCUCCCACUAUACCUGUCGCCGAAGUCCCAGACUCCUCACCAAUGGCUACUAUAUUUGGACUGAAGACAGCUUCCUGUGCAACAAAGAUGGCAACAUAACUCUGAACCCAUCCCAGACCAGUGUUAUGUACAAAGAGAACUUAGUUAGGAUAUUUAGAAAAAAAAAGAGAAUCCGCCAUCCCUUUUCUUCUCUCUUCAACCUCAGUACCUCCAAGUCUUGGCUGCACGGCAGUAUCUUUGGUGACAUCGACUCUUCUCCAAGUGAAGACAACUGGUUGGAGGGGAUCAGGAGGUUGGACACAGACCAUUGUAAUGGAAAUGAUGAUUUAGACUGUUCUUCUCUGACUGAUGACUGGGAGUCAGGGAAGAUGAAUGCAGAGUCUGUGAUCACCUCCUCUUCUAGCCGCAUCAUAUCUCAGCCUCCUGGAGGAAACUCCCACAGCUUGUCUCUUCAGUCCCAGUUGACAGCUUCUGAACGUUUCCAAGAGAAUAGUUCGGAUCAUUCAGAAACCAGUUUGUUGCAAGAGGUCUUCUUUCAGGCAAUCCUGCUUGCUGUGUGCUUAAUCAUUUUUGCAUGUGCAAGAUGGUUUAUGGGAGAAAUAUUAGCCAGUGUCUUCACAUGCUCAUUGAUGAUAACUGUAGCUUAUGUGAAAUCAAUGUUUCUCAGCCUUGCCAGCUAUUUCAAAACCACUGCCUGUGCUCGGCUUGUCAAAAUUUGACAACCAUUUAGGAAUGCCUUCGAUGAAUGUCUUCCAUCUGAAUAUCUGGAAAUUGUCCAACUUGCAGUCUACUGGGAAUCAAGUAUUUUAUUGGAAGGGAGUAAGCGAGUAAUUGAGAAAAAGCCAUUUUAGUUUGACUGUGAUUUUAAAAUGAUCUCAGUUUUUCCAUCAAAAUUAUAAUAUGCUCAUGAAAAUAAUAUUAAUAUGCCUUCCCUUUGCAAACACCAGCAGUUGAAAGAAAAAGGAUGGGGAAUGUGAUGGAAAAGAGACCACCUGGAAUAAAUGUCCCCCUAUGAUUCUCUAAGGCAGUGGUUCUCGAGCUUGAAUUUUCAUUAGGAAAUUCUGUGAGGAGCUUGUAACCAGAUUUCUGGGUUUGCCACAUGCACCUAUCUCUUGUUGAAUUGCUUUAAUACAAUAAUGAGAGCAAGUUUGUCUAACUAAUACCAGCCUGACAACUUGAAUAACAAUAAAUGCAAUUUGUACGUAAAAUAGAAUGCUGCAAAAGUUUGUCAUUCACCUCAGUGGAGUGACUUGAUAUUAGAUAGUAACCGUAGAUGAUGGUUGAUGUGAAAAUGGACAGGAAAGAAGCAUUUUCUGAAAGUUAUAUUCUUUUGAACCACUUUCUAAACCAAGUUUUUAAUCUUCUUGGGGCUCGUAAUUACCUUUCACCUUAAUUUCACUUAAAGAUAUAACACAGAAAAAUGCCUUGAGGACAAAAUGUAGGCAAAACACCAGUGCGCUUUGAAAUGCAUGAAAAUGGUGCAGUUGUACCCUUGAGCCUUGACUCAAGGGCUGUAGAAGAUGUUCCCUUUUCACCCCCCACACUUGGUGCAUGUUCACAAAGCAAAUAUGGGCUGCAAUUCAAAUUUGUUCUAUGUGAUAUUCUCUGAGUAAAAACUCAUACAUGCAGAAAAUUGUCUUUGCUCGAAAUGGUAAUGCCAAAAUAUAACGUUAUAUGUAAUUUGCAUUUAGUACAUUUUUGAUUAAAAAAAUAAACUAAUAAAUAAGUGGAGUCAUCAGCAAAUUUA